CACGACUCAAGUUCACGACUCGAAUUCACGACUAACGACUUCAGACUCUGAGUCGGAGUCGGGUGAACUCGACUUUUUAACAACACUACACCUACCCUUAGCCUAUAUGGAAUUAUAUAUCAUGUCUAGAAUUGACAGGCACUCGAUCUUCAACUUUUAGCUCACCGCAUAUUACUUAUUUUAUGAAAAAUUUUGCAUAUUCACGCCUUUUAAAUUGGUAUAUAAAAGUAAAAGUAAAUUUAUCAUCGAAAAUGGCAAUGCAUUCAAAACCUAAACUAAUCAAUCAUGAUAACUAUACUGUACAUAUUUUGCCUGCACUUGAAGAUAACUUUAUGUAUAUCAUAAAUCAACAUGACUCAAAAGAUGCCAUCGUUAUCGAUCCUGUGGAUGCUGAUUUAGUUUAUGAAACAGUCAAAGAUAGAAAUUUAAAUUUGUUGAGUAUUUUGACCACACAUCAUCAUUGGGAUCAUGCUGGUGGAAAUGAGAAAAUGUUGAAAUUUUUACCCACCUUAAAUGUUUAUGGAGGUGAUGAUAGAGUCAAUUGUUUGACCAAAAAGUUAACUGAUGGGGAUAAGGUUUCUUUAAAUAAUUUAGAAAUCAAAUGCUUAUUUACUCCUUGCCACACAUCUGGUCAUUUAUGUUAUUUUUUACAAAGUUCUAGACAUUCAUCUGUAUUUACAGGCGACACUUUAUUUAUUGGGGGUUGUGGUCGAUUUUUUGAAGGCACCGCAGAUCAAAUGUAUAAAGCUUUAGUCAAUGUAUUGGGUCAUUUACCAGAUAACACAGAAGUGUAUUGCGGACACGAAUACUCCGUCAGCAAUUUGAAAUACGGACAAUUUGUCGAACCCGAUAAUGAGGAUAUCCAAAAACAUUUAAAAAUUUACCAAACUAAUCGGAAAGAUGGGGAAGCGACUGUCCCAUCCACUAUCGGCCUAGAGAAAUUAAUGAAUCCUUUUAUGCGAGUCGAUCUUUCAUCCGUUCAAAAGCAUUGUAAAACGGACGAUCAUAUCCAAGCUAUGGACUAUCUGAGAAACGAAAAAAAUAAUUUUAAGGGCUAAACCAUAUUAUAAUUUUUUUUUAAAUAGCUAAAUUUUUAGUUUUCUUUUGUUGCCUAAACUUAUGGACUUAUUUUUUUAAUGUAUUUUGUGAAAAGAAGAGAUAAAAUGCUGAAUUUUAAGAUGUUAUUAAAUAUUUAUCUUACGCACGCACAUUGUUAUUUUUUAUUUAAAUAAUUAUGAAUUUUAGCUCACACUUUGUUUUACAGACUUAUGAAAUUUAAAUUAAAAUAAAUAGAAUUUAUUUAUCCGUUAUAAUAUUUUUAUAAAUAAUUC